AUGCGCUGCCCUUUUUUUGAGGCCUUGCGCCUCUACGCAGACCGCCCGAUUGGUGUCUUUCAUGCAUUGGCCAUCUCUAGAGGGAACUCAGUUCGCAGGAGCAAAUGGAUUCAAUUUCUAAUUGACUUUUACGGCACAGCCCUUUUCAAAGCCGAAAGCUCCGCCACUUGCGGGGGUCUGGACUCUCUUCUAGACCCACACGGUUCGCUUCUCGAAGCGCAGACCCUAGCCGCCAGGGCGUAUGAUGCAAGCUAUGCGUUUUUCGUUACCAACGGCACCUCGACGUCAAAUAAGAUUGUCAUCCAGGCUCUAACGCGUCCUAACGACGUCGUGCUGAUUGACCGUGACUGCCACAAGAGCCACCACUACGCCCUUGUCCUCGCUGGAGCACGGCCUUGCUACUUAGAUGCGUAUCCGCUGCAUGAUUAUUCCAUGUAUGGGGGCGUGACGCUGCACAACAUUAAGAAAACUCUGUUGGCGUACAGGAGCGCUGGCCGUUUGAGCGACGUGCGCCUCUUAGUGAUCACGAACUGCACCUUUGAUGGCAUUGUAUAUAACGUGAAGAGGCUCAUAGAGGAGUGUCUGGCGAUCAAGCCCGAUUUAAUUUUUUUGUUCGACGAGGCCUGGUUCGCCUACGCUGGCUUUCAUCCGAUCCUCAAGACGCGCACAGCCAUGCACUGUGCAAAUUCCAUCAGGAGAGAGCUAAUGGAAAGGAAGUACCACCAUCUGCACGCCGCGCUUUUGGACACCCUCAAGGUGUCGUCUUUGGAGGAAGCGGAUCCAGACGCAUUGCUGUCCAGAAGGCUUUACCCCAACCCCAGGAAACUCAAAGUGCGCGUAUACGCAACUCAAUCUACGCACAAGUCUUUGACCUCCCUUCGCCAGGGUUCCAUGGUGCUGGUGAACGACGACCUCUUUGAGUCACACGUGCACACCUCCUUUAAAGAGAGCUAUUACACGCACAUGUCAACAUCUCCCAACUACCAGAUACUGGCCACGCUGGAUGUUGGAAGGUCGCAAAUGGAACUCGAGGGCUACGGUCUUGUGGAGCGCCAGCUGGAAGCAGCGUUCCUCAUCCGCAAUGCCCUUGGCAAGGACUCCUUCGUCUCCAAGUUUUUCAGGAUUCUUGGACCUCACGACAUGGUUCCGGCCAGCCUUCGCCAGAGUUCAUUGCAAGAGAGUUCAUUGAGUGGACUGGCCAACGAGCAGAUGAACGUCCAAACUCUAGAGGAAGUGUGGCUAUCCGAUGACGAAUUCGUUUUAGACCCAACUCGAAUCACUUUGUACACCGGGAAUUCUGGCCUGGACGGCGAAACGUUUAAGGAACUUGAAAUGCGCCGACUGCUUAGCAGCCGUCGCGAGCUGGAGGAGCUUCAGCAACAUAUUAGUUGGAUUGUUCGCGACUGCCCGGCUUUGCCUGACUUCUCCGGAUUCCACUGUGCUUUUAGCCAAUCUGCACAAAUGAUUACUGGCAAGGCAAACCAAAAGCCAGAAAACCUUGAAGCCAACCAGUCGGCCGUCACUCCUGACACUGCGAAUUCUCCCCCCGUCUGCCGUGAAGACAGCAAAUCAAAUUUCAAAAUGUAUAUCCGUGAUGGGGAUGUGCGGGAGCCAUUUUAUUUGAGCUACGAUGAGGAAAACGUGGAAUACCACACGCUCCAAGAAGCACUAAAGCUCAUUAAUGAAGGCAUCACUCUCGUCGGAAGCACCUUCAUCAUCCCGUAUCCCCCUGGAUUCCCUAUCUCCGUGCCCGGUCAAGUUCUGUCCGCGGCGAUUGUGGAGUUCAUGAUAAAGAUUGAUGUAAAGGAAAUUCAUGGUUUUGACUGGAAGCUGGGUCUACGUUGUUUUAAGCAUUCCUUAUUACGCAGCCUCAUGGAGGCCCGAGGAAUUCCCGUGCCUGAUUGUAUGAAGCAUUCUGAGUGUGGAGCAGUGCGUUCUGAAAGAAACAGCUCUUCCAGCGGAUCCAGCACUCCUACUUCCACUGACAUCCCAGCCGUCUCUGUCACAAGUGUGGACUGA